AGCUUUGAAAGAAGUCCCCUCUUUCCUCUUGGCUUUGCAGCUGUUGAGCAGUUGCUUCAGCAGUUUGGACCCACCGCUUGAGCCCAGGAGAUCUGCCACUCAGAGAAAUAAGAAAUGGCUGCAGCAGCACACUUCUCAGAGGAGGAGAUGGCAGAGCUUCGAGAGGCUUUUGGCAAAGUGGAUAUCAGCGGGAGCGGGUUCAUUCACGCCAAUGAUCUGACAGAUGUGUUGAAGGCAGCCAGCCUUCCCCUGCCAGGAUAUAAAGCCAGAGAACUCCUUCAGAAUUUGACAACCACAGGGAAUGGAAGGAUAAGUUUUGAUGAAUUUAUUUCAAUUUUCCAAGACCUGAAGAGCGAUGAUGUGGCAAAGUCAUUCCGAAAACAGAUCAACAAGAAGGAGGGGAUCUGUGCUAUCGGCGGGACGUCCGAGCAGUCCAGCGCCGGCACGCAGCACUCCUACUCGGAGGAAGAAAAGUAUGCUUUUGUCAACUGGAUUAAUAAAGCCCUUGAGAAGGACCCUGAUUGUAAGCACGUGGUGCCAAUGAAUCCAGAAACAGAUGACCUCUUCCAGGCAGUUGGUGAUGGCAUAGUGCUUUGUAAGAUGAUCAACUUUUCAGUGCCAGAUACCAUUGAUGAGAGAACAAUCAACAAAAAGAAACUCACACCCUUCACAAUACAGGAAAACCUGAACCUGGCCCUGAACUCUGCUUCAGCCAUUGGGUGCCAUGUUGUUAACAUUGGAGCUGAAGACUUAAAAGAAGGAAAACCAUACCUGGUUUUGGGUCUUUUAUGGCAAGUCAUCAAAAUUGGGCUCUUUGCUGACAUAGAGAUCAGCAGGAACGAAGCCUUGAUUGCACUUCUGAGAGAAGGAGAAAGCCUGGAGGAUCUGAUGAAGUUGUCUCCAGAGGAACUGCUGCUGAGGUGGGCAAACUACCACCUGGAGAAUGCGGGGUGCAACAAAGUUGGCAACUUCAGCACAGAUAUCAAGAAGCCUGACUUCUACAGCAUUAUAAAGGACUCAAGAGCUUAUUACCAUUUGCUGAACCAAGUUGCCCCCAAGGGAGAUGAAGAAGGCAUUCCAGCUAUUACUAUUGACAUGUCAGGAUUAAGGGAGAAGGACGAUGUGCAGCGAGCGGAGUGCAUGCUGCAGCAGGCGGAGCGGCUGGGCUGCCGGCAGUUCGUCACAGCCACUGACGUCGUCCGGGGCAACCCAAAGCUAAACUUGGCCUUCAUUGCCAACUUGUUCAACAAAUACCCUGCCCUGCAUAAGCCAGAGAACCAGGACAUCGACUGGGGCUCCAUUGAAGGUGAGACAAGAGAAGAGAGGACAUUCAGGAACUGGAUGAACUCCCUAGGUGUUAAUCCACGUGUAAACCACUUGUAUAGUGACCUAUCAGAUGCCUUGGUUAUCUUCCAGCUCUAUGAAAAGAUCAAAGUGCCAGUAGACUGGAACAGAGUGAACAAACCACCCUAUCCUAAGCUGGGUGGCAAUAUGAAGAAGCUUGAAAACUGCAACUAUGCAGUGGAACUGGGAAAGAAUCAAGCCAAGUUUUCCCUUGUUGGCAUUGCUGGGCAGGAUCUGAAUGAAGGAAAUCGUACACUCACACUGGCCUUAGUCUGGCAGUUGAUGAGAAGGUACACCCUGAACAUCCUUGAAGAUAUUGGUGGUGGAGAGAAGGUCAAUGAUGAAAUCAUUGUCAGCUGGGUCAACGAAACACUUACUGCAGCUGGAAAGGAUUCAACCAUCUCCAGUUUCAAGGACAGCAAAAUCAGCACCAGCAUGCCAGUCCUGGAUCUCAUUGAUGCCAUUCAACCAGGAUCGAUCAAAUACGACCUCUUGAAAACAGAGGAUCUGAAUGAUGAGGAGAAACUCAACAAUGCUAAAUAUGCCAUCUCUAUGGCAAGAAAGAUUGGAGCAAGAGUCUAUGCCCUUCCCGAAGACCUGGUGGAAGUCAAACCCAAAAUGGUCAUGACAGUGUUUGCUUGCCUUAUGGGCAAAGGCAUGAAGAAAGUUUAAAGCACAAAAGACUUGCACUGAUGCCUGGUAUUCACCCUUUUGAUUUCCUCAAACUGAAUGCUCUUCUCCUUAUCAGGGAAAUCUGCAGAGUGCCCAUGCUUUAGAGGCAUGGAUGCUACACACCAUUCCAGACCAUUAAAAAGCUGUGUACCCACGUGUAGCCAGGAAGCAUUUUGUUUUGAACAGUAACAUGUCUUGCCUUAUUUCCCACUUUGCUAGUUACAACCAUUUCAUGUUUCUGAACAAGAUCUCAAUAGCGAGACCUGUACAUAUCCUUUUAUUAACGGGCACCAGGGCUUUCUGUUAGAGCUCACCUGGAGAUCUUCCUCUUGGCAGGCACAGACCACAUUCAGAAUUGUGAAAUGCCAUAUACUGCUUCUGCCUGAAAAAAGUCUUCAUGCUUUGGUAGCAUUUCUGCCAUGCUUUCCUUCAGUUUGCACCCAGGAUAACAAAACAGGUUUCCCCAAGCCAAUGCAAGUAUUAGUGACUCUAUUUUUGGAAUGGUAGGAUUCUCUUUCUUGUGGAAAAGGAGAGGUGUUUGGGGUCUGCAGUGUGUGGCUGGCCUGUGAACUGAGGAGUACUUUUCCCUGCAAGUUAUGCCUCUGCUGUCUGUGGCAUUGCUCACAGAGUACAUUACUAGUCACUGAAAAUUACAAACCAUAACUUGGUCCUCCAAGAACACCCAAGCUCUGGAAGCUUUGCAAGAAGUGCCCUCCAAAGGAUAAGUCAUUUUAAUGUCACAAUAUGCUUAAAACAUAAGCAGACUGCAAAGCAUGAUAGAAAUUAAAACCACGUUCAAGAAACCAAGGGAGUGCAUUCAAUUAGUAGCAAUGUGAUAAGAAGUGAACCAGUGGGACACAGAAUGACAAAUUUACCUAGUAACACAAAGACACAUUUUCUUGACUUCACAGAUUUGCACUCAAAGGCUAUGGCUCUGGUUCAGGAGAGCAUUUAAACCUGUGCUUGCAUACGGAACACAUACUGAAAUGCUUCCCUGAACCCAAGGUGCAAUCCUCAACACAGCUUUGUGGCUAACAAGGUGCUGUAGGUUUGCCUCAGCUGAGGACUUAGUCCUGUCUAUGGAUAGUCAGUAGGAUAUAUUUGCACUGAAUGUCUUUCCUUGGUGUGAGUCAUUUACUGUUCUGGCUUUUACAUGGAUUUUACUGUGGUGAAAUGCAGAAUGAGGGAAUCUUGCCUUAAUGAAAUCCUGGUGACACAGUUUCAGUUCCCUCCCUCUCCCUUCCCUCCCCUUCAGCCCUUUCAGAACUGCCUUAAUAAAGAACCAAUAAUCAAUGAUGUGAGAAGUGUCUCCAAAUAAAAAGUUCUCUAAAGCCAAA